CCCCUCCCUCGCGCGCGCGGAGAUGGGGAGAGAAGUUUGCCUGCGGCUCGGUCCAGCGAGCAUUGACUGUUGAGGAGACAGGGGCUUCUGGUUUCCAGGGAAUGCUGAGGAAUACCCGCCCGCAGGCUCACCUCACCCCGCUUUGAGUGGUAAAGACACGAGGCAGGCAGGAAGAAGGAAGGAACGGGGGGUGGCAUUUAGUGGGAUUCAUGUGGCAAAACUAAAAGUGAAGGAAGCUCGGGUCAGUGGGACAGCGGGCGCGCGCGCGGACUGCCUGUCCUGUCGAAUCCAACGAAGGAGCCGAGGAGGAGAGACCGAGACCAGAAGACGACCGUCCCGAGCGAGAGCGACACGAGUGCGGCUCAGGAUGAACAACAACAAAACCGAGAAGGAGAACGAGACGACUGAAUUCACCAACCACGAAGAGGAGGUCCGAACACUAUUUGUCAGUGGACUACCGCUGGAUAUUAAACCACGGGAGCUGUAUCUCCUCUUCAGACCAUUUAAGGGCUAUGAAGGCUCCUUGAUUAAACUCACCUCUAAACAGCCGGUGGGGUUUGUCAGCUUUGACAGCCGAUCAGAGGCGGAGGCUGCCAAGAAUGCCUUGAACGGCGUCCGUUUUGAUCCAGAGAUUCCCCAAACCUUGCGGCUGGAGUUCGCCAAGGCCAACACCAAAAUGGCCAAAAACAAGCUGGUUGGCACUCCCAACCCCCCUCCAUCUCAGCAAAGCCCCGGGCCGCAGUUCAUUAGCAGGGAUCCAUAUCUUUUCUCUGCCAGAGAAGGGGGUGGUACUUGGUGCCUCAGAGGGAAAUGGAAGGAAGCGGUUAAUGAAACCCUGACGUAAUCACCAGGAGAGAAAUUUCUGUCAUUUCCUGUUAAGACAUGUUUAAAUCAGAAUCUUUCUGUUGUUUUUUUGUUGUUUUUGUCUGAUCAUGCUUGGAUAAACAGUCACCGGGAGACAUGGAGAGCACAGGAAAUCCUACUUAAAAAUCUACCACUUAUCUGAUGUUUUCUCCAAUGAGUUGCCUCCGUGUCGUGAUUUUCUGCGUUCUGACGUGUGCACUUGUCUUGUACCACUCAGCACCUCCUUCUUUACUCGAGCACUUUUUGUUGUCACCAUCACUUUGCACUUAUCGAGUAAAUCAACAUGUCUGAGGUGGUUUCCUCUGAAACGUAUGGCCUUAUGCGUGCAAACUGUUGGGCAAUAUCACACAAGCGCAUUUGAUCCGCAUCAGAACUGAAGUUCUACGAUGUUUCGCAGGUAUGGAAACUCUGGUGAAGUUCUUAAACAAGGGGUUCCAAUUCAAGGAUUCAAGGGAGUUUUUAUUGCCAUCGUCAGUGAACAAAACAAACUAGGAAUUUGCUGCGGUGCCAGUGUGCCACAUACAACACUUACGAAUAAAAAAGAACAACAGUAAGCAAAAUAAAUCACUUGCAAUCCAAUCACUUGCAAGUGAACUUUGGUGUGGUUCACUACAGUGUAACAGUCAACUAAAGAGCAGAAGUGAACUGAAUAGUGAAAUGCACAUUUUCAGAAAAAACAAAGUCUUGCAUUGCAAAUAAGGAAAAAUGCAAAAACUAGAGUAUGUCCAAUUAGUAAAGGUGGCGUCACAAAGUAAAGUUGCUUCUCAGUAAACAAUCGGAGGACAGGCAGGAUUAGCUUAUUAUCUUCUCUGUGCUUUUUUUUCCUUCCUGGUCAGAGCUUAUCAAGACCUUCCCCACUUAAGCAGUUGUUGGAACUUAAGGACGUUUCCUGACAAGCAGACUAUUAUCCUAAUUGAAAAUACAGCUUUCAACUUCUUUUUUUUUUUUUUGGUAAACGUACUAGUUUUUUAUUUUACUAAAGCCUCACCUUCCAUUUCCACAUCUGCCUCAAACCAGAAUGGAUUAAAUGUUGCACUUUCUAAAAGACCACUAGAGGCUGGUUUCAUAUUGGCUACUAACUAAGACGUCUAUCUUUACAGCAAAAGAUAAACCUAUUUAUUUAAAUUUAGAUUUAGAUAAUUGAUUUCAGAAAUAUUGAAUUUUUUUUUUGUCUUUUCAUGACAAUUGCAGAGUUGAAACAUUUUUUUAAACUAGUCAUUUUGAUUUAGAAAAUAAUUUGCCUCGAUUUCUGCAACAUGUCGUUUCUUUUUAUUGGAAUGUGGGUGGACCCAUCGAUGGAGUCCAACAAAAAUUCCCACCCACUAUAUUUGUCAUGUUGUUCGUUUGGGGCGGAGCAAUGUUCCCAUCCCAAGUGAGGCUUCAUUUUUGUAAUUCAGGAUCCCAUGUUUGACGUCAGCUUGUCUACCCAGUAUUUCUAUGUCAAACUUUCUGCUAGAUGCCUCGACGCUCCAGUGGCUGAGCAACCGCCAACGUUUUUCUGGACUUCAUUCGUUGCCACAUCAUGGAGAACAUGGAUGAUGUUGAGCGAGUAGCUAGGCUUUACAUGUUUGUAAGAGCUCUACAAGCCCGUCGCCGUGACUGGGUUCACCGGAUCCUUCAGAGUCUCUCCUGGCGUGCUCUGGAGCUGCGCCUCGGUUACGGCCGUUUCAAAUGUUACUUCCGUCUGUCCAUUGGCCAGUUUGAGCCUCAACCCGAGAGAGGAACAAUAAAAAUAAAACUGGAGGUCCGACUGCCGGACAGGCAUGAAUUUCCUAAAGUCUUUUGAGGAAACAUUUUUCUUAAAUUAACCAUUUGUGGUCAUAAGCACAGUUUUUUUUGCUCAAAUCUUCUUUAGCGCGAGCUACACCUAGUGGGCAAACUGAAACGCCCUCCAGGAGAGGUGGAACAUAAAGAUCUGCACAUUUUUGUUGCAGCUUCUCCGUUUGAGAAACCAUGUAACACUGUGUACAAUUUCAUUGGUUUAUUAUUUCACCAAUAGAUUUAACUGUAUGUGAACCGUAUCAGAUUAAAAUGAAUAUGUUCAAAACAUAUAUUGAUUAUUUUUGGAUUUCUAUAAAAAUAUCUCUAAAUGUGUAAACUGUGUAAAUUAAAUACUAAAUUCAGUCAAAUCGAAAGAGUGGAUUGAAAGAAUCAAAAAAACGUGGAUCUAGUGAAUCAAAUCGAAUCGAUUCUAGAAAUUAUUGGUGAUACCCAACCCUAGUUGGCGUCUGCAUUGCCACAAAAGGCUACUAAAUUGACUUAAUUUGGUUGGAGCCGGAAGUAAGCCAUGUUCUAUGGGUGACACUCACUCACUCAGUCCAGUUCUCAUAUACAGUCAAUGAUCUUUAGCUAACCUAAACUAUGUUAAGUCCAACAGGAAGUCUCUGACUUGAGAUGUCAUUUCUUUUUCUUUGUCCAAAUGUAAGUGGCAUUGAACUGACGUGAUCUAAAGCUUUUGAAGCAGCUGUCACACAGUGAUAUGAUGACGAGCUGAAGGCCAGACAUAUUAGCAUAUUUCAGUCUUUGAUCUUCAGGGAAGACGAUGACAAACGCGUCCUGC